AGCGAACGGGGCGCGCGCGCACACAUACGCGCACACACAGCCGGGCUCGCUCCGAGAUCCCCGGCCACGUAAGUAACUAUUAAUACCGCCUCGCCCGGGGAUGCGGGCGUGCUGAGCGCCGGGAUUGGCCUAGGGCGCCUGGCCAUCCCCUUUAAUUUUUAAAUACACGAUCCUCUCCUACUUCUGGGUGGCAAGAAAAAAAAUAAUAAAGGAAGAAAAGCCGUCGAUUUCAAUUUUUUCCUCCAGAACAAACCCCGCCGUGCAAUUUGGUCGCAAGGCAUCUGAAGGCAAGAGUGGUUUGCAAAUUUUUCCAAGGCUCAAGACCCAGUUGUGCAGCGGGAAAGGAACGCCGCUGGUUGGCAGGGUCCGGGGAGCAUCUGCUGCCAGCUCCUGCAGGACCCCUGGAAGCUCCUGCCAGGGACACAGAGACCGCUGGUCGCUGGUCUGCCCAGGUCACCGCCCGCACUUCUUGCUUCCUUCGGAGGAGGAUCCCGGACGCGAGCAAGCGGCGACAGCAGGAGCCGGUGCUGACCGCGCGCGGGCUCAGCCUUGGGCUUUGUCGCGGAACCUGUGCCUCCUCCACUCCUGCACUCCCUGCUCAGUUUUUGCAAUCUUUUGUUGGCACCGCUGACCUCUCCAAGUUAAAUGCUCCUUUGCUAUUUUGCUUUUUUUCCUGUCUACUUUUUUUUUUUGAGAGCUCUGCGAUUUUUUUUUUUGAAAAGCCUCAGACGCCAUCUACAGUUAAGACUUAGGGCGAGCCGGCUCCGCGCGCUCCCUGAAGACUGCACAAACUCCACGUAGGGCUCCUCCGCCCGGUCUGCGGAUCCUCAGCUGGGGAUCGCUCGGGAUUCCGGCGCUGCAGCUCCGCAAGCCAGAGGCACACUCACUCGUUCAGAUCCACGCUGUGAACCGAGACCCACAUACUCCAGAGCGUGGUUCUGCACCGCGCUGGCUGCGUCGGGGUAACAAAAGGACCUGAGUUGUCUGCUGAGCGAGCACCCCCGGGAGCGGGGCUCGCAGCCGGGGACCUGCCCUGCGGCGCCCAUCCGGGGGCUAGCUCCUAACUCUUCCCCCUCGGAGCCCUAGUAGCGUCCCCUCCCCUUUUGAUCCUUUUAAGUCGGUGGCACCGAGGCGCCUGCAGCCGCGUCUCAUCCAUCUCUCCAGCGGGGUUUUUGGUUUGUUUGUUUGUUUGGUCGUGUGCGAUUCCCCACACUCAUGAACAUUCACAGGUCUACCCCUAUCACAAUAGCGAGAUAUGGGAGAUCGCGGAACAAAACCCAGGAUUUCGAAGAGCUGUCGUCUAUAAGGUCCGCUGAGCCCAGCCAGAGUUUCAGCCCGAACCUUGGCUCUCCGAGCCCGCCCGAGACUCCGAACUUGUCGCAUUGCGUUUCUUGCAUCGGGAAAUACUUACUGUUGGAGCCUCUGGAGGGAGACCACGUUUUCCGCGCUGUACAUCUGCACAGCGGAGAGGAGCUGGUGUGCAAGGUGUUUGAGAUCAGCUGCUACCAGGAGUCCCUGGCCCCGUGUUUCUGCCUGUCUGCCCACAGCAACAUCAACCAAAUCACAGAAAUCCUCCUGGGGGAGACCAAAGCCUAUGUGUUCUUUGAGCGGAGCUAUGGAGACAUGCAUUCCUUUGUCCGCACUUGCAAGAAGCUGAGGGAGGAGGAGGCAGCCCGACUGUUCUACCAGAUUGCCUCAGCCGUGGCCCACUGCCACGAUGGAGGGCUGGUGCUGCGUGACCUCAAGCUACGGAAAUUUAUCUUCAAGGAUGAAGAGAGGACUCGUGUCAAGCUGGAGAGUUUGGAAGAUGCUUAUAUUCUCCGGGGCGAUGACGACUCCCUCUCUGACAAGCAUGGCUGCCCAGCGUAUGUCAGCCCAGAGAUCUUGAACACCACUGGCAGUUACUCGGGCAAGGCUGCGGACGUGUGGAGCCUGGGGGUGAUGCUGUACACCAUGUUGGUGGGGCGUUAUCCCUUUCAUGACAUUGAGCCCAGUUCCCUCUUCAGUAAGAUCCGCAGGGGCCAGUUCAACAUUCCAGAAACUCUGUCGCCCAAGGCCAAGUGCCUCAUCCGAAGCAUCCUGCGACGGGAGCCCUCAGAGCGGCUGACCUCACAGGAGAUUCUGGACCAUCCUUGGUUUUCUACAGAUUUUAGCGUCUCGAAUUCGGGAUUUGGUGCUAAAGAGGCAUCUGACCAGCUGGUGCCAGAUGUCAACAUGGAGGAGAACUUGGACCCUUUCUUUAACUGAGCUUAAGGCCCACGGACACUUAGCAGGUACCAGGAGCAAGAGAGGGUCCCAGAAAGGAGUUCUGGGCCACAGGUGGCCUGGCUGGGAAGCAAGACGGACACUCGUAUUUACACAUUUCUUGGUUCAGAGGAGGAAUACCUUCCAGGAGCUGACCGAUCACUUAGCAUGGGGACAAGACCUGUGGGAUGGGGGUUGGGUUUAGAUGGUCAGGAGCCCCUCCCCUAAGUUUCUCUUCCCUGAGGUAGCCUGAGAGUCCCCUCUGCCAGUUGGGCUACUUCAUCUACCCCCUCCCCCCCCUUUUCAUUUUAUCCAGAAAUAGUUGCAGGUCUCGAUAGAACUGAAACUCUUCUGCCUCAAACACACACCUUGGCAUUGCACUGUUAGCAUUUAACUUCUUGUUAUGAUUCAGGGAAGGGACAAUUGAUCGAAGAUUUUUUUUUCUAAACAGGCCAACCACCUAUGUAAUAAUUAAUGGGAUUCACUUAAAAUAAUAAUAAUAAUUCGGUGCACACAGACUGACCUGAAACCUGGGUGCUAAACAAAAAGAAAACGAAAGUUCCAUUUGUCACCUCUCAUUCUCGCUUUUCAACUCAUUUCUUAUAAAUAAGUGAUUUCCUGUUCCGAUUAGGAAGUGACAUGUUAAGGCUUUGCUUCCUGAAGAGGGAGGGGGAGGGGCAGAUCUGUUCUGUGACAGACAGUUCUGCUUCUCAUCAGUUGGGUUUUUUUUUGUUUUGUUUUGUUUUGUUUUUGUUUUUGUAGCAGGAAACGAUUAGAAGUCAAACUUCCAGAUGUAGUAUCACAGUCUGAGGGAAGAAGAAAGGAAAAGAGAAAAAAAAUCCAACUCCUUUCUGGGUUUUGUUCUUUUGAAGGAAGAGGGUUCCCACUGCAGACAUUGCUUUCUGCUCUGAAUACAGCCAGGGAUUCUAGAGGGGCGGGGGCGGGGGUGGCUCCUGGAGUCAGGUCUCAUUGAUGAUGCUGAUCUCAAGGUUGUGUUUUUGCUGUAUGGGAAACUAGUAAAGCGAGACAGGUUGUCCCAUGUGUAUAAAAUAUAGGGCAGCUAUUUCCUUUUCUUUGCUAAGAAUGGUCCUCUGGGCUUGGAAAAGCCCUCCGGUUUGAACAGAAGGGAUGAUAUAAACACAAACAGCGCUCUGUCCCAAUACGCACCUUUGUAUUUUCAAGAACUCUUGUAUUUAUUAAGGAAAAUGUCACAUUGUGAUGUAUUAAGCCAGUACUUCAAUUACGGGUCGACGGGAUGACAUGUUACAUGCUGUAGUUAUCACUUAUAAUUUGUCCCCCUGUUUGAGUAUUUCUGUCCCUGGAAUAACCUCUCAUUUGGCUCUUUCUAGAUAGCCUUAUUUGAUUUCGAGUGGCAAAAUGUUUUCCUUUUGUAUUCCGGCUUUUUUAUUGCUGUAUGAUACAGAACUCUUUUGGCAUAAAUAUUUGUGUUCCCAGUACCUCAGUCAUUUGGGUUUUACUGCCUGCAUAUGUUUUGUGAAUUGGUCCUGUUUUUGGGUAGGUAACACGUGGACUCUAGUGUGUAAAUGUUACUUGAAUCUGUGCUUCACUCUAGUAUGUGGCAUGUGUGUGCGGACUCUUGGAUGCUUCACGCCUACUCCACAGGAGCCCCUGUCCCCUGGAGGGUGGCUUCCCCAUUCAUAAUCAGGAGACAAAGCUGCCAUGGAUAUACCCUUGGUUCUAUUUUAAUAAUGGAAGAUACAGAGAGAGGGUUGUUACAGUCAGAAGAUGGUGCUGAGGCAAGAAGGACCUUCUGUCUUCUCUCUCCCCUGUCUCUCAAGUACUGGGUGGGAGGAAAGAUUGGUGACAUGCAUGGUGGGGACUAAUGGCCUCUGGUGCUUUGUCCUGUAUUUGGUUUAAUGUUUUUGUCCUAAUCUCUUCAAUCAAUAAAAUUGUGCGUAUUUAACUAAAA